AUGCACGGCAAGCAGAUUCUUACGUUCCCUAAAAGUCUCCCAAGAUUUUCUCACUGCUUCCCACGAAGCAAACAGAUUAGCCAAAUUUCUCUUAAGACCUUCAAGUAUAUGUGCCAGUUUCUCUGGCAAGCACCAAACACCAUGGGGAAAACAGCAAAUAUUGUGUUGUCUCUGAGUGGAGGCUACUGGUGGAGCAACAGACUUUCUUUGAGAUGGAGAAAAACUAGCUUGUUUGCCUGUUGGCUUUCAUUUUGUGUAGCAGAGACCUUCAUCACAUGUCCCUCCUCUUGUAAGUGCAACAGUGGUACCCUGGAAGUGGACUGUAGUGGUUUAGGCCUUUCAUCCAUUCCCUUGGACAUUCCUGCUAGUACCAGGACCUUCCUUUUCCUUAACAAUCAACUCAGCACCUUGUCAGGACAUGCCUUUUCCAACCUCUCUGCCCUUCAGAGACUGGAUCUUUCCAAUAAUUUCUUAGAUCAACUUCCUGAGAAUGUUUUCAGAGACCUAGUUAAUCUUACUGAACUACAUCUGAGGAAUAACAGCAUCAGAAGUUUGGACAAAGAUCUUCUGCAGAACACUGUUCUUUUGCAUCAGUUGGAUCUCUCCAUUAAUGGACUUGCUCAAAUCCCCUCGGGCAUCUUUGAUGACUUGCCUUCUCUCCGCUGGCUUUCUCUCCGAUCAAACCGUCUGCAGAAUUUGGACAGGGUAACUUUUGAGCCAUUAAUCAGCCUGCAACAGUUACAAGUGGGAGAUAAUCCCUGGGAAUGUGACUGUAAUCUGAGAGAUUUUAAAUAUUGGAUGGAGUGGUUCUCUUAUCGAGGAGGAAAGAUAGACCAGCUGGCAUGUACUUUGCCUAAGGAGCUGCGGGGGAAGGAUAUGCGUUUGGUACCCAUGGAGAUGUUUAACUACUGUUCCCAGCUGGAGGAUGAGAACAGCUCUACUGUGCUGGACAAUAUUGGUCCUCCUUGCAGUAAGGGAAGCCAAACUGCUCCUAAACCCAAAACAAGUCCAGAAACAGAAGAGGAGCCCAGCAUGGGUUGUCCCCAGAAGCAAAAACCACGACCCAUCAGUGUGCGCCGGGCCAUUGGCACAGUCAUCAUUGCUGGGGUAGUUUGUGGCAUUGUGUGUAUCAUGAUGGUGGUGGCAGCAGCCUAUGGCUGUAUCUAUGCAUCUCUCAUGGCUAAGUACCAUCGAGAGCUGAAGAAGAGGCAGCCAUUAAUGGGUGAUACGGAGGGAGAACACGAGGAACAAAAACAGAUCUCGUCUGUGGCCUGA